AUGAGUCAAGUUGGGAUUAUUAUACAUUAUGGUGGUGAAUUGGUGAAUGAAGAGUAUAUUGGAGGACAGAGGCGAUUGCACUUGAUUCAGCAUUGUGGAUCACAGUAUUCCAGCUUGACUAGUUAUAUCCACUUUUUAGUUGGAGCUGAUUUGAACUCGUCGUCGUAUGUGCUUAGUUCUGUUGUUAUCGGACCUGAUGGAGAUAAGAUUUUGAUGAAUCUUAUGAAUGAUUUAGAUUUAAAGUAUGUUGUUGAUAAUUGUGAAGUUCCGAAAGUUUUUGUGACUGUUGCACCUAUUUCGUUGGCUCGACCUUCUGUUGGACGUGAGUGUGUUGAUGAUAAUUUGAAUGGGAAUUUGAAUGAUGGUGAUUUUAAUGUUGAUGAUGUUGAAUUUGUUUCUGACGAUGAUAGUCUUGAUGAUGAGGAUGAUGAGUUAGAGGAUGAUGAGUUAGAGGAUGAUGUUCCUUCUAGAGUUAGAAGUCGACAUAUAGUUCCUGUUUUGCCACAUUCUUCUGUUAAUGAUGCUGUGGAUGAUCAGAAUUUUGUUGUUCAUACUAGUGCUCGACGUCAGUGGAUUAUUCCAGGUGCAGUCUAUCAAGCUUCUUUGCCUAUUGAUUCUGCUGUUGAUUUGGAGUUAUAUUCACGGGAUGGUUUGUGUGUUGGGUCUACUUUUAUGGACAAGGAAAGUAUGGUGACUGCUUUAGGUUUGUAUCAUUUGAAGAAUAGAGUUGAAUAUGUUGUUAAGCGGUCUUCGCCUUCUAGGUUUAGUGCUACUUGCAAGUAUCCAGAUCAGUGCAAUUUUUUGAUGCGUGGCAGUGCUUUGGGGACUGUUUGGAGGGUGUUUAAAUGGAGUGCACCUCAUACAUGUCAGAUGGAUUUUAGACACCAUGGUCCCCGUACUUUGUCGUCAAAGGUUAUUGGUGCUUUUUUUGCACCAAGAUUGAUGGACAAUGGUGCAGUUCUGAAACCUAAGGAGAUGGCAGCUCAGUUGCGGCGAGAGUUCGGGUUUCAUGUCGACUAUUCAGUUGCAUAUGCGGGGAGGAAUCACGCCAUCAACCUUAUUUAUGGUGAUCCAGAUAAGUCUUUUCAGAAGAUCCCGUCCUAUUUACAUAUGGUGCAACAGUGCAAUAAGGACUCCAUUAUUGAUUUGGAGACUGAUGGAGAUGGUGUAUUUAGGUACUGUUUUUUGGCUCUUGGUGCAUCUAUUCAUGGUUUCUUAUCAUCUGGUCGUCCUGUUAUAGUUGUUGAUGCUACACAUUUGAAAGGUAAGUAUAAGGGUGUGAUGUUUGUAGCUGUGACUAAAGAUGGCAAUGAACAAGUUUUUCCUCUAGCUGUGGGACUUGGUGAUAAGGAGAAUGAUAUGUCAUGGUCAUGGUUUUUUACACGUUUGAAACGUGCUUUUGGUGUUCCAAAUGACUUGUUGUUUGUUUCUGAUCAGCAUUUAAGCAUAAAGAAUGCUAUUGAAGCUGUCUUUCCUGGAGUUCCUCAUGGUCUUUGCACUUAUCAUUUGCAAAAGAAUCUUGCAAGAUAUGGUGCAAAUAUCGUAGCUAUGUUUCAGAGGGCUGCGUAUAGCUACAAGAGGGAACAAUUUGAUUUGCAUUGUGGUCAGUUGGCCUUGGUUCGUGAUAAAGGUGCUUAUACGAAGUUAAUGGAUCUUCAGCCUUCUAGAUGGUUGCGUAGUUAUUCUACAGUUCGUAGAUAUAACUUCAUGACAUCUAACUGUGCCGAGGUAUUCAAUGGUAGGCUUCGAUGGGGUAGGAGAUUGCCCGUAUGUACCUUGUUAGAGUUUGUGAGAACUUUGAUAGCUCAUUGGUUUCAAGAGAGGCGCAGCAAGGCUUUAUCUAGAUCUCAUACACUUACAGAGUGGGCGGCAUUUAAAUUGGAUAUCACAGUUGAGGAAGGUCGCACAAUGGAGGUGUAUCCCAUUAAUGAAUUCAAAUUUACAGUCUCUUCUAGUGAUCGGAGUUAUGUUGUUGACCUUCGUGCUAGGAGUUGUUCUUGUCAUCAGUUUGAUCUUGACUUGAUUCCAUGCCCUCAUGCUGCUGCUGCUAUUUUCAAAUCGAAGCAGUCUUGUAUUCCGUAUGUGUCUAGUUAUUAUUACACAGACACAUUACGUGAGAUGUAUUCUCUUGAUGUGAAUCCUAUCCCACAUCAAGAUGAGUGGGAUGUUCCUAUUGAUGUUAGGACAAGGGUUGUUGGCACACCUAACAAUCCUUCACAGUCAGGGCGUCCAAAGACUACAAGAAUUCCAUCUGCAGCAGAAUCGUCUUCAAAGUCACAUGUUACUUUUUGUUCACGAUGCCACCAAGAAGGUCAUUACAGGUCAAGUUGCAAAGAAGAAAUUCCAAUUCCAAUUCAAAGUGAAGAGCAAGAAGUUUCUCGUCAACGUCGGGCUAAGCAUUGCAGUAUUUGCCAUGAGACCGGACAUACUAAGAGAAAGUGUCCGUCAUUUGAUCCUAGUGGUUCGUAG